AUGGCCUCCUCCAACCCCUUUCGCAAGCAGACGACCCCAAUUAUCACAGACUUUGAUGCCUCGUCCAUUCCACGUGCCUCGCGACCGCCACCCCCCGUGAGCUUUGGCAGCUCCGACCCCAAGAUCGAUCCGGUGGUUCCGGUCGAGACCAAGACCAAGGCCAAGGUCGUCAAACGAGUGCGCGUCCUCUCACCACCUCCUCUAAGCCCUGACACGCCCGAGUGGCCGGAAAAUCAUAUACCAGCAUACCCGCAAGAUGAUACAGACUCUACGGACGUUGCCGGGGAAGCCGACAAGACGACCCCUACGGAUGCAGUGCCUGGAGUGUCCUUUGGGACACCACAGCAGGGCAUUGCUCUCGUGGAGGAAAUGAAGAGCGAGGGAGAGGCGCUCAAAGCCGGGAACAAGGCCAUGGAUGUCGAUGCUUUCAAGCGCCUCCUCAUGACUGGCGACAAGCCCGCUUCUACCAAUGAUGCUGCCGAAACCGUGCCAAAGCCAGCGACAUCGUCGGCACUCUUGCCCUUGAGACAGGCGGAAGAAGACGAGAACCUUUCAGACUCGAGCAUGACGGUGCAAUUCGGGUCGAGGAAGAAGGCGGCGCCCCCGCCCCCGCCGAGUUCGCGGCAUGGUAAAGCUAUCAGAAACAACACGGGGGCGUCUGACGCGAAAGCAAUUUCACCAUUGGAGCAGUCGUUCGCCGCAGGGCCUCGAACUGCUGGCACUGAGAUCGGAGACGACUCAUCCCAUGACAUUAUUCCAAAGAAAGCAACACCGGCGGCGCCACCACCACCGCCGCCGCCCCGGGGUCAUGCUCGAAGCGACAGCAAGGCGCAGCCAAGCUCCCCAGGAGAACAACACUCCUCCCCCGACGCUGCGCAAUCACUGUCACAGAGUAGCCGGUCCAGCAGCGCACCAGUACCCCCGCCGCCGCGCAGACCCAAUGCAGGCCAUCGGAUGUCUUCCAGCCAAACAUCUCCCACCUCUGCGUCCUUCCCAGAUGCAGAGUCCCCCGAUGACGCAAAUGACAUGGCAGAAGGCCAGGCUGGACCGAGCAGGCACCCCGUCCCCCCUCCUCCUCCACCCGCUCGUAAUUCCUCCGUGCGGCGACCACCGAGCGCUGAGGCCAAGUCAAAGGACAGUGUUGUACCGCCACCUCCGCCACCAACGAGGAAGAGAGGCACAAGUAAAGGAAGUGCAGAUCGACCGAGCACAGGUGAUCCAGGCCAGGGUGACGCAUUGCUGGCCGACUUGAGCGCCCUGCAGCGGGAAGUCGAUGCCGCAAUGGGCAAGCUAGGCUAG